CAUGAGUUUGGGGAAUUUAUUGUGAGAAACCUGGGAUAUGCUGAGGCAAUCAAGACAGCUUUUACACCGAACCCUAAAAUCUGCUCCACUGUGGAGAAGAGCCACGUUUAUCAGCAUCCAAGGAUUCCCAGCCAAUUUGACCUGGUACUCGCGGAAAACAGGUUGCUUUCGAUCUGCACUUGAAAAAAGGAAUUUAUCUUCAAGGGCUUCCAAAAAGAUGGAGUUGCCAGAGGUCAUUCUUGUUGGCUUCGGUAAUCCCCUGCUGGACAUCACAACCGUGAUAGAGGACAACAUGCUCUUGGAGAAGUACGGACUGGAGGCGAAUGCGGCCAUCAUUGCCGAUGAGAAACAUGAGAACCUGUUCGAAGAGCUGGACAAUAUGGACAAUGUCCAGUACUCGGCCGGAGGAGCCUGCCAGAACUCUUUGCGGGUCUUCCAGUGGAUCGUGGGGCCUCCCAAUAGGUGCGCCUUCUUUGGAGCGGUGGGCAAGGACAAGUUUGCCGAUCGGAUAGUGAAGAGAGCGAGGGCGGAUGGCGUGGAGACCCACUACCAAGUGAAGGAAGAGCUACCGACAGGCACAUGUGCGGUGAUUGUCAGUGGUCAGAACCGAUCCCUGGUGGCCAAUCUGGGGGCGGCGGCCCUCUUUACCGAGGACUGGAUGGACGAAGAAGAGAACUGCUGUGUGGUGGACUGCGCCUCUUACUUCUACGUUACGGGCUUCUUCUUAGCCGUCAGUCCCGACACCGUGUUCCGUAUGGCCAAGCUCUCCAGCGAGACGAAUCGCACCUUAAUCCUCAACCUGAGCGCCGUUUUCGUGCUGGAGAUGCAGAAGGAGCAGCUGGAUAACAUAAUGCCCUAUGUGGACAUUGUCAUUGGAAACAAGGAGGAAAUCCUUGCCUUUGCGGAAACCCACUUGUGGAAUACUAAGAAUAUCUUCGAGAUAGGGAAGCAAAUGCAGAGCUUGCCCAAGGACAAUGGCAGGCCGCGUAUGGUCAUGGUCACGGAUGCCGUGUGUCCAGUGCUUUGUUUCCAGGAAAACGAAAGGAUCCUCGAGUACCCCGUGCCGAAGGUGGACAAAAAGAAGGUAGUGGACACCAAUGGCUGCGGCGAUGCCUUUGUAGGGGGUUUUCUCUCGCAGCUGGUGCAAAAAAUGCCUCUCGACUACUGCAUCCGCACAGGAAUUUUCGCUUCUCAACAGAUAAUUGGCGUGCUUGGAGUUACAAUCGACAAGCUCCCUAAAUUCACCGAUAAUUGCAUAUAGGAUUGGUUUUUGGGUAUCUCAGAGUUUCUCAAUUCCCUUUUCUUACCCUGUUCAAAUAAAUUUUAGUUAAGAAUCCA